CCUUCCAUUACCUACUCUGCUUCCACUAAGGAGGCACGUAUUUAACUUGUCUACUAGUACUUGCUUUUCUUAGUGGCCCGUUGAUUGAAAUAAUUUUAUUCUCUUAGUUGCAUACAUUUCUGCUGUUUUUGAGCUGUCGGACCAGUGUUUUAUGACUUAUCUUUUUCUGGGGUUUCAUCUUUCAAGAUUAUCCAAAAUCUUGUUUUGCAGUUUUUGAGCUUUAAAAAAGAAAAACCUUAGUUUGCUUGGUACAUGGGUUUGUGGAGAAUUCAACAUGGUUCCUGUGUUGAAGAGUGAAGGAGCAAAUUGGGUUUCAAAGUUUAUGUGAAAUUAUUCAAUUCUUGAAAAAAAAAUGGAAUCUUGGAGCUAUGUCUCUGGAGGGGGUAAGGGUUUUGUGUCUGAGGAAUCUGCAGCCCGGUGCAUUAAGCUCCCACUAUGCGCGGGGUACGGGGAAGGACAGGACUAUAAGGAAUCUGUUUAUGUAGAUGAUGGAAUUUCCCUUGGGAAAAAUAGAGUAAAUGGUUGGGAAUUGAACACACCAUGCAGCUGGAGAAACAGUAUGGGAUGGUCAAGUACUCAAGAAAGAGGUAAAGAUCAAGAUUUUGCUGAAAUGGGGUGUCAAGAUUUGAUGAGAAAAUCUUUGUCCAACAACCAAAUUAGAGAUGCAAUGAGUAAUAAGCUUGGUGGUCAAAGAGCUUUUGUUUCUAUUAGAGUUCCUCACAGUGCAUUUUCUGGUGAAGAUGAGUCAAGUUCAGUUGUGGAAUCAAAUUGUAAAGAAUCAUCACUUAUUGAUUUGAAACUUGGGAGUUUUAAGUCUCCUAAUAUUAUACCAAAUUUGUCUUCAACUGUUCCAGCUAAGAGAAAUAGAGCUGGUGGUUUGAGUUCUCAUACCCAAUUUUGCCAAGUUCAAGGUUGUGGGAAGGAUCUAAGCUCCUGUAAAGACUACCACAAGAGGCAUAAAGUAUGUGAAGUUCACUCAAAGACUGCUAAGGUUAUUGUAAAUGGCAUUGAGCAGAGGUUUUGUCAGCAAUGUAGCAGAUUCCAUCUGUUAGCUGAAUUUGAUGAUGGAAAACGCAGCUGCCGCAAACGUCUUGCUGGUCAUAACGAGCGGCGGAGGAAGCCUCAAACAGGUCUGCAUUCUGGCAGAGCAGGAAGACUCUUUCAAUCAUAUGCUGGUAAAAGUUCUGCAGUUACAAGGUUUCAAGGAACUCCUUUUGCGACAUCAUCUUUCAUUUGCCAAGAUAUACUCGGCAGUGGCCUUCUUCAUCAACCAAAACACGAAAUGCACGACUGGUAUAAGAAUGUAAAGGUUGAACAUAGCUCUGAUUACAUCCCUCAACCAACCAUGCCUUUUACAAACGGACAGUCACAACCUAGACCCCUUUUCAGUACUUCAUAUCAUACCGACAAACACCCUCCAGCUCUUCAUGAUGAAGGAAUAACAGCUAUAACAAGAAGCAAAAAUAAUGAGAGUAGCAACUCAUAUCUGAACGAUAUUGAAGGAUCAGAUUUUGUUUCCCCUUCUCUGUACCACAGCAACUCAAUAGGGAGCGAGGUCUUGAAUGUUAUGGACUCGGCCUCAACUUUUCAAGGGAUAUCAAACUCUGGCUGUGCUCUCUCUCUUCUGUCAUCUCAAUCACAAGACUCGUCAAAUUAUUCAUCUCUAGUUCCUAAUGCACACCACCUUAUUACACCUAGCAGUAGUGCCGAUUACAAUGUGACACAGACAUCUGAAAAGUUCCCAGGGGUGAACCUGAAGGAUUCAACAAGUAAUGCGUCCAAUAUAUUCAAUUUAUCCGGAGCAAUUUCUGCAGAGGGUCGCUUGGAACAGAUACUAAGAAACAACUGUGGCAUCAACAGGAGUAUUCAUGGAUUAGAUUAUGUGAACACCAAGAAUCAACUUUCUUGUGAAGAUGGUCCCACUAUUGAUUUGCUUCAAUUGUCGUCACAACUUCAUCGAGUGGAGCAUCAAAGACAUUCCAUGAAAUGAAACAAAAUGGCGACACUUUUUCCGGCUUCUGAAUCACUUGAGCAGAUACAAAUGUAUGGACUGAAGUUGAUAUAGAUGUUUCUUGACUUGUGCAGUAACUGGGGCAACAAGCAAUCAGCCUUUCCAUCUAAACAGAGGUUGGAUUUGUAGGAAGCAAAUGUACUAGGAACCUUCAUGUUUUAUCUAUUGUUUUUCUUAUCGUUUGAUGUUGACUAUUGUGCCCUACUUGUGAGAUCACACUCGAUAUGUUGUUGUUGAUGUUGACCACUGUUCUAGGCAUGCAACACUCCCAUUCAAUAAUAAUCUGUCAUCUUUUCUA